AUGGACAUGUCCCAGAUAUUCGAUAAAGUCGUCUGUCAGGUCGUGGCCUCGGGAGGAGCAACAUAUUCCUUCGGUGGAGACUUUCCUGAUAGAAUUGAGUUCGCUAGCGGAAGCCAAAUAUCGAUCGAGUCUUACAGCUGCGGCGUAAGCGGUGGAGCUCAUCGACGUGCCAUUCCUUUCGGAGAGCCUAGCUUUGUUCCAUUCAUCCCGGAGCCGACACCGUCCAGCGGUCUUGGUGUUUACUCUGUCAACGGAAAUCACGAAGCAACCGUCAUCCUCAUUGAGGGCCGACAGGAAGAUGCGACCUUCGUUCCGUCUAUCCCCAAGCCGACUCCUUCUGAUCUGGGCUCUCUGCCGGCCAUCCCAGAAGAGACUGAUGAGGCCACUUUCGUGCCAGUCAUCACGCUACCGACGCCAUCUGAGAACCCAAGCUUCAUUCCGAUUGUAGCUGUUGAUGACUUUGCCGCCGUUCUCCCUGUUCCAGAGCGAGUUCGUGACUGA